AUGUGGGUCAACAGAAUGAGAAGAACAACUACAGCUCCAUGGAAGAGGCAAAGGCUGAAGGUCACCAAGAUUAAAGCUAUCAUAGAGAGUUUGGUGAGAAGGGAGGGGCAUCUGAUAGUGGUAGAUGACGAGGCACAAGGGGAUGAGGAGUACGUUCUUCUCGAAACAACAGGAUUCUUGCUGUGGCACCUAACUAUUUAUUCAUUAAAAUGCAUUUAACAUGCUUUGCUUCAAAUGUUGUUCAAUUGAUUAAAAGUCUUGAUUUCUAUGGAUAUAUCCUCCAAAUGGUUGUUUUAGUACAAAG